AUGUCCCGCCGGAAGCAGGCCAAACCGAGAGCCUUAAAGCAUGAAGGCGACGAAGAGGACGUCGACGGAGGACCGACCUCUUCGGGUGCGAAAAACACACCGGCCGAGCAUGUCGAGGAGGACACCAGUGACAGCCCGAUGGCGGAUGUUUCCGAUGACGAUUGUGACGAUGGUGAGGAUUGUGACGUCGUGCAGGUGAACCGUGAAGGAGUAAGUGAUGGGGCGGGAAAUUCGAGAGAAAGUGUUAGUGACCACCAGCAACAACAGGUGGCCGAAUCGUGUGACGAGUCGUUGCGAGUUGGCGCGCAACGUUCCAAUCUCUGUGUCAGUGUGGCGCGAAGUGUUGAAAAAUGUGAGGUUGGAGAAGAAGUAAGGCUCAUCGAACGCGAAGUGAGGUUCUUGGACGGUGAAGUGGACGCCGCUGACAUGGAAGCGAUCAAAUGUGAACCACAGUUACGAAACGAAUCGAUUCACUCGGGAGAGUUGUUGCUUAGCGCCGGUGAGCGUGAUGAAGUGGUCAACGCUGGUAGUGAUGAAGGUGAAGACAUCGAUGACGAGGAGGAUGACGAUGUGUUGGAUGAUGAGGACGAGAACGAUGUUAAUGAUGAUGGUGAUAAUUUAGAUGUGGACGAUGAGGAAGAUGAUGAGGACGACGAUCUGCCACUGGAAGGUGAGGAUGAUGACGUCGACGACGACGACGAGCUCACGUCGGAUAGCUUCUGUUCGGGUAAGUGA